GCUGAGAGGACAGCUGUGGUGGGUGACGGUGCACAUCGCUGUCUCAGAGACAGAGGAUGCAUGGAGACCUCCACGGUGUGCGGGAACAUCCAGCGCCUCGUUGAAGCAGCCUCCGUCCUCCGGCCAGGACCCUUCCACCCGUCCCGAGCAGCAGCAUGGGCAGCUCCUCAUCCUCCAUCGCCGACGAGGCAGAGAGCGACGCGGGACCCCGCGGCGCUGCCCUGCCUCCUUCCCCCAUCAUGGGAUGCCUGAGGAGCAGCCAGAGCACCUUCAUUCCUCGGCAGCUUCCCCGGCCGGGCAGGCACAGGGAGCGCAGUUUCUCUUCUGGUUCGAUGCCCCUGCAGAGGAGCCAGUGGGCCUGUGGCUGCUGCACUUUCCUGAAUGCAGCCGGUGCUCCUCGCUGCUCCAUCUGUGAAGCCCCUCGGCGACGCUCCGACACCCGCUGGAUGUGGCCCGGGUCCAGCAGGGAGGAGGCUCGGUGGUCCUGUCCACGCUGCACGCUGGCCAACUCCCCCGGCAGCCUGGCCUGUUCUCUCUGCGGCUACGCCGGCGCUCCGGGCCGAUCCCUGAACUCGUCCCGGGACCAGCCCCGGCCUCAGCGCUCCAGCAGCUGCUCCGGCCCCCUGAGGCCGCCGUCGGCCGAGCGCGGCGACGCGGACGAAACCAGCUUGACUUGGGACUGCUUGAGGUGCACGCUGCAAAACACUCCUACCUCCAUGUCCUGCUCUGCCUGCGGUGGACCGCGAAAACUGUCUCUGCCACAAAUCCCAGCCGAGGCCCUGCUCAUCCCCGAGGUCUGCGAUGGAACCAGAGCCCGUCCGCCUGAACCGGCAGCCCUUUCACUGUCCAUAUCCACCCGAGGAGAAAGUCUACCCGCGGAAGCUUCACAUCCAAACACGGACUCUGCGCCGACUCCGGCUCACAACAAUCCGGUUCCCUGCAGUCGCAGAGAGGUGCCCCCUCCGGGCGUUGGACACAGCACAAGCUCUUCUCCUUCGACGCUGGCUGUCUCACACCUGUCCGCCUCCACACAGCCAGAGCUGGUGUCCGGCAGGAGGCUCAGCAUCCUCGCGGAGGAGAUGUCGCCUGCGUCAGACUCCUCUGCGUCGUUUCCGGGCGCCGUCAGCAGGACGGAGGAGUGGUCGUGUCCCGCCUGCACUCUCAUCAACAGGGUCAAAGCCAAACACUGCCUCGCCUGCCACACUCCUCAGCAACACGUCGCACAGCUCAAGGCAGCACUGACCCAGAAGAGGAAGGAGAGCAUGCUGGUGGAGGCGCUGCGGCAGAGCGACGAAGGGGAAGCCAGAGAGCUGUGGGAGAACAUCGUCAGCUUCUGCAGAGAGAACUCGGUGACCUUCGUGGACGACAGCUUCCCCCCGGGCCCGAACUCCGUCGGCUUCCCGACAGACGACAGCGUUCAGAAUCGGGUCAAGAAGUGGCUCCGUCCGCAGGAAAUCAGCUGCUCCAACUUCAGGGACCGCGCCGUGAAAUGGUCGGUUUUCCGAACCCUGCGACCGUCGGACAUCAUGCAGGGGCUUCUGGGUAACUGCUGGUUCCUGAGUGCCUUGGCAGUUCUGGCUGAACGGGCCGAGCUUGUGGAGAAGGUGAUGGUGACCCGCUCGCUGUGUGCAGAAGGGGCCUACCAGGUGCGGCUCUGCAAGGACGGCUCAUGGACGACGGUGCUGGUGGACGACAUGCUGCCGUGCGAUGAGAACGGACACCUGCUCUUCUCUCAGGCACAGAGGAGGCAGCUCUGGGUGGCUCUGAUCGAAAAAGCCUUGGCCAAGCUCCAUGGCUCCUACUUCGCGCUGCAGGCGGGCCGCGCCAUCGAGGGCCUGUCCACGCUGACCGGGGCGCCCUGCGAGUCGCUGUCCCUCCAGGUCAGCGCCACCAACCCGAAGGAAGAGCCCAUCGACACCGACCUCAUCUGGGCCAAAAUGCUGAGCUCCAAGGAGGCAGGAUUCCUGAUGGGGGCGUCCUGCGGGGGAGGUAACAUGAAGGUGGAUGACGCGGAGUACGAAUCUCUGGGUUUGCGCCCACGACACGCCUACUCUGUCCUCGAUGUGCGGGACGUCGACGGCCACAGAUUACUGCAGCUGAGGAACCCGUGGGGUCGCUUCUCCUGGACUGGAGCCUGGGCGGACGACUGGCCAGACUGGCCUCCACACUUGAAGAGGGAGCUGUGCGCCCAGCGAGCGGAGGAUGGCCUGUUCUGGAUGGACUUCUGGGACUUCAUCAGGUACUUUGACUCAGUGGACAUCUGUAAGAUUCAUUCAGACUGGCAGGAGGUCCGGAUCCCGGGCGUUUUCCCCCGAAGAGCCGACGUCCCGGUGAUGGUGGUGUCAUUGACAGUUCUGGAGAGGACGGCCGUGGAGCUGGCUUUGUUCCAGCAGGGCAGCAGGCGCUGGGACACAGCAGAGAGCCACCUCCUGGAUCUGUGUGUGCUGGUGUUUCGGGUCGCCUACGACGGCUCCGGGGCUCUGACGCUGGGUCGAUUACUGGCGCACAGUCGCCGCUCGGUGAGGAGGUUUGUGGGCUGCGAUGUCAUGCUGGAGCCCGGGGAGUACGCUGUGCUCUGCUGCGCCUUCAACCACUGGCACUGCUCCAUCACAGACAGCCCAGUGAGCAGUGGAAAAUCGGAGGUGCCCGGUUACAUGCUGGCGGUCUACAGCUCCCGACUGGUGAUGGUGGAGCAGGUGACGGCCUCCAACACCACCAUCGCCGACGCCAUCAUCCAGCUGGCGGAAACCAAAGGAGAGCGGCAUGAGGGUCGAGAAGGGAUGACCUGUUACUACCUAACUCAUGGCUGGGCCGGCCUCAUCGUCAUGGUUGAAAACAGACACCCCAGACAUCACCUGCACGUCUCCUGCGACUGCAGCGACAGCUUCAAUGUGGUGUCGACGCGCAGCUGCCUCAAAACCGUCGACAGCAUCCCUCCUCUGCACAGACAGGUGCUCGUGGUUUUGUCUCAGCUGGAGGGAAACGCUGGAUUCUCCAUCACACACAGACUCGCUCACCGUAAGGCCGUCCAGGCUUCUCUGGGGAACUGGAGUCCCUCGAAGGCGACGCACAGUCCUGCUCUGAGUCCAGAGACUGCGGGUCUGCAUCAGCCUCGGCCGCUAUGACCACUAAUCCGCAACCAGGAACUGGGACGGCUGAUUCGUUUCCAUGCAUCACACGGGCAGCUUCUUUAAAAGGAACAGUCUGAAUCGUUGGGACUUCCACUCGUUUGUAUGAAUUCAUAUUGCAUUUCUUAGAGGCAGAGCUCCUCUUUGUGACGUGUUCAAUUGGAGAAUUUCGCUAAAUUCAAACAAUUCAACUACUUAUAAUUUCCUGUUUGGUGCUGAAAGCCAUGAGCUCAAAGCCCUAGAAGCUCAAGUAAAAUAAAUUAAUGUAACGUAUAUUAUGCUGAAUCAGCAUUGAGACCCCUGCUUUAAGAAAAGUGAACCAUUUUGUUUCUGCAUUCAGAGUUGUUCUGCCUCCAAGAAGUGAAACAGAAGCUGCACAACCCUGCACGAAGACAAACAUGUAGACCGGAUCUCAUUAGAAAUACACAUGAUGCACUUUAUCUCACGUCACAGGGUGGUCUUCAGGCCCAAACUGUCUUAAUUGCACUGGUGGUAGAUGAGUAGGAGUUAUAAUAUUAUAACUCAGUCACAUGCGUCUGAACUGACUGCCAAGAAUACUGACUGGAAAAAUGCAGACAUUGUUUAUUCUCCUCAGCGUUAUUCAGUCAUGUGCAGUCUUAAUGUUUUAGUUUAGAGAAACAGUGGAGACCUGCUGUGUUAAAGCAGUAGCACUUUAUGAACUUUAAACUAUGCUGGAUUUUCAUCGUGUUUUAUUUUGGAUGUUUUAAAGAUGAACAGUGUAGAAAAAAUGUUUUAUUGUCACAAAUCCAAAUCUGCGGUCACUCUAGAUAGAAUAUACAAACUAUGCAAAUGUUCGAAAGACGGUAUGACGCUUCAAUUGAAAAUGUUUAGCUCUUUAGAUCUCUGGCUUACCGGUUAUAUUUUCAUGGUUAACAUAGAGUUUGAUAUAUUUUGUUGUAAUUUAUGUGUUCGGGUUUGACUUUUAUUAUGUGUUCAUUCAGUAGCUACACUAUAUAUAUUGAUAUAAAGCAUAUGAGAGAUGAAAAUAAAAAAACUUUUGAAAAUAAA